CUGCUUUAAUUUCCUAUCUGUCUUGAAAUAUGACCUUUACACUCUUUGGUUUUAUUAUUACUCUCCAACUUUCCUAAGCUAUCAUUACUUGGACCUUUGUUUUCUCCCAUCUAAUUUGGUCAAAGUAUUCAGCAGAGUUUGUUUUCCAUCUGCUAAUAUCAAGUGUUGGUGUAUAUAUAUGAAGUGUGUGUGAUAAAGAAAGAAGGCAGGGGAGGGAACUUGUAGAUGUGAAAAGAUGGGAAGUAAAGAAAGGGAAAUCAAAUCACCUGAAGUUCAGUUGGGAGAGAAUAAUUCUGAUUCAGGAAAACGGGGAUCAAAGAAGUUGGGCAUCUACUUCAUUGAAUCGGAUAGUAGGAGAACGCCUUUGGGGCGUGGUUACAGUGCCGGAGUAGGAGGAGCUACUCCUGUGAACAUACAUGGGAAGCCUAUCCGCGAUAUGUCCAAGACGGGGGGCUGGAUAGCUGCAUUGUUCAUAUUUGGAAAUGAAAUGGCUGAAAGAAUGGCUUACUUUGGCCUAUCAGUCAACAUGGUCGCCUUCAUGUUCUACGUUAUGCACCGCCCUUUCUCUUCCUCUGCCAAUGCAGUUAACUAUUUUUUAGGUAUAUCACAGGCAUCCUCUGUGCUCGGUGGUUUCAUCGCUGAUGCUUACCUCGGUAGAUAUUGGACUAUUGCCAUCUUUACCACCAUUUAUCUUGCGGGAUUAACAGGAAUAACGUUAUUAGCAACAAUGAAGGUAUUUGUUCCAAAUCAAGAAGGAUGUGAUCAGAUUGCUCUUCUUCUAGGCAACUGUGAGCCAGCUAAAUCUUGGCAAAUGACAUACCUCUACACAGUGUUGUAUGUGACGGGGUUUGGAGCAGCAGGGAUAAGGCCUUGUGUUUCAUCAUUCGGGGCUGAUCAAUUUGACGAGAGAAGCAGGAACUAUAGGUCACACCUGGACAGGUUUUUCAACUUCUUCUACCUGUCGGUCACAGUUGGGGCCAUCGUGGCCUUCACUGCAGUCGUGUAUAUUCAGAUUAAACACGGAUGGGGAGCUGCCUUUGGUUCUUUGGCCAUUGCUAUGGGCCUGUCCAACAUGUUCUUCUUUGCUGGUACUCCGCUGUAUAGGCAUAGGUUGCCCGGAGGCAGUCCUCUUACGCGUGUGGCCCAAGUGCUCGUUGCUGCCUUCCGCAAGAGGAACGUUUCCUUUCAAAGCAGUGAGUUUGUGGGCUUGUAUGAGCUUCCAGGUAAAAGAUCUGCUAUCAAAGGAAGCAACAAAAUAGCUCAUACCGAUGAUUUCAGAUGUUUAGACAAAGCGGCUCUGCAGCUAAAGGAAGACGAUGGUACAAAUCCGUGGCGGCUUUGCACAGUGACUCAAGUAGAGGAAGUUAAAAUCCUACUGAAACUUAUUCCAAUUCCAUCAUGCACUAUAAUGAUAAAUGUCAUCUUAACAGAGUUCUUGACUCUAUCGGUACAACAAGCGUAUACAUUGAACACUCACAUGGGACAUCUAAAACUACCUGUCACAUGCAUGCCAGUGUUUCCAGGCCUCAGCAUUUUCCUGCUGCUCUCACUCUAUUACUCCGUGUUCGUUCCAAUAUCCAGGCGGAUCACUGGCAACCCUCACGGUGCUUCUCAGCUACAACGAGUUGGGAUUGGUUUGGCUGUCUCAAUCCUCUCGGCGGCGUGGGCAGGAGUCUUUGAGAGGUAUCGGAGAACUUACGCGAUACAACAUGAGUACGAGGCUAGCUUCUUGACUCCUAUGCCUGACCUCAGCGCGUAUUGGUUACUAAUCCAGUAUUGUCUGAUUGGGAUAGCUGAAGUUUUCUGUAUAGUGGGAUUACUUGAAUUCCUAUAUGAAGAAGCUCCUGAUGCAAUGAGAAGCAUUGGUUCAGCUUAUGCUGCUGUGGCUGGUGGUCUUGGUUGCUUUGCAGCCUCUAUUUUGAACACCAUAGUCAAGUCUGUCACUCGGGGAAAAGGCGAAAGACGAGAAUCAUGGCUUUCCCAGAAUAUAAACACAGGGAGAUUUGAUUAUUUCUAUUGGCUCCUUACAAUCAUGAGUCUCAUCAAUUUUGCUGCUUUUCUUUACGCGGCAAAUCGUUAUCAGUACAGAGCAAAGGAUGAGAUUCAGACAAACGGGCUUGAAUCCGAUCAUACCAACACUAACGCAUCAGAUCCCAUCAGAACUCCGAAGUUGAGCGUGUUUGGUGGAGAGUAGUACUAAAAAGUGAGAGAAGACCUAACACUACGGGUCAACAACCAUAUAUAAUAUAGUUGUUCCUUAACAAAGGAAAAAAAAUUCGUAUCUCAUUGUUUGAAGCAUUGUGUUUGACAAAUUCUAUUCUUGUAAGUGACAUAGCAAUAGCAGUAGGAAGGAGAAGAACCAGCCAAGAAACGCUAAGACAUGAGAAAGGAAGAAGAGAUAAACUCUCAGUUCCUAGAGAUAUGAUUUAUUAAUAUGCAUUGCUUGAAAUCAUUUUUUCAGUGAUUUGAGUUUUUUAAAUCAUUUUAGGCGAAUUAAAUACAUAUAUUUGUCCCACUUGUAGGAAA